UUCAAUUCUUACUCUCUUACUUCAUAGUCUUCUUCAGACACAAAAUUUGUGAAUUUCCCCCAAAAAUAAGAAGAAAAAAGGGAAAAAAAUCUCCAUUAAUGGUUUUUUUCUACGGAUGAUUAAUUGAAUUAGUGCAUUUUUUCUGUCAUCAAUGGCGGUUCCCGUCGAAGAAGCUAUUGCUGCUCUCUCCACAUUCUCAUUAGAGGAUGAUCAACCGGAAGUUCAAGGCCCAGGGUUUUGGGUUUCUACUGAAAGAGCUGCAACUACUAGUCCAGUUGAAUAUAGUGAUGUUGCCGCUUAUCGUCUCUCUUUGUCAGAAGACACAAAAGCUAUUAAUCAGCUGAAUGUGUUAAUACAAGAAGGAAAGGAAAUGGGAUCAGUGCUUUAUACUUACCGGAGUUGCGUUAAAGCACUUCCUCAGCUUCCAGAUUCUAUGAAGCAAAGCCAGGCUGAAUUGUAUUUAGAAACUUAUCAAGUUCUUGAUUUGGAAAUGAGCCGUCUACGUGAAAUUCAACGGUGGCAAGCGUCAGCUUCCUCUAAGCUAGCUGCCGAUAUGCAACGAUUUUCUAGGCCUGAGAGGCGUAUCAAUGGCCCUACCAUAACCCAUCUUUGGUCUAUGUUAAAAUUACUUGAUGUUUUGGUCCAAAUCGAUCAUCUUAAAAAUGCAAAGGCAAGCAUUCCCAAUGAUUUUUCUUGGUAUAAGAGGACAUUUACUCAAGUGAGUGUACAGUGGCAAGAAACUGACACUAUGAGGGAAGAAUUAGAUGAUUUACAGAUCUUCUUGAGCACGAGGUGGGCAAUACUGCUCAACUUGCAUGUUGAAAUGUUUCGUGUAAACAAUGUUGAAGACAUUCUGCAGGUUCUCAUAGUUUUUGCUGUUGAGUCACUGGAGUUGGAUUUUGCCCUUCUGUUCCCUGAGCGGCACAUUCUUCUUCGUGUACUUCCUGUUCUUGUUGUCUUAGCUGCAUCAUCAGAGAAAGAUAGUGAGUCACUGUAUAAGAGGGUGAAGAUCAACAGAUUGAUAAGUAUAUUCAAGAAUGAUCCGGUUAUCCCUGCAUUUCCGGACCUUCAUCUUUCUCCGGCAGCAAUUCUAAAAGAGUUGUCAGUGUACUUCCCUAAAUUUUCAUCUCAAACUCGUCUUCUCACUCUUCCAGCAACUCAUGAGCUGCCACCACGCGAGACACAAGAUUAUCAGCGACACUAUCUCAUCGUCAACCACAUUGGGGCCAUACGUGCUGAGCACGAUGACUUCUCUAUACGUUUUGCUUCAUCUAUGAAUCAGCUUGUGUUACUGAGAUCAAUAGAUAGUGCAGAUAUUGAGUGGGUGAAGGAAGUAAAAGGAAAUGUUUAUGAUAUGGUUGUUGAAGGUUUUCAACUCGUUAGUAGAUGGACUUCACGCAUUUGGGAACAAUGUGCAUGGAAAUUUUCUCGUCCAUGCAAGGAUCCAGUUCUGACAGAGUCUAAUGGGACACCAACAUCAUUUUCUGACUAUGAAAAGGUGGUACGAUAUAAUUAUAGUGCUGAGGAAAGGAAAGCUUUAGUUGAACUUGUGAGCUACAUCAAAAGCAUUGGGUCAAUGUUGCAGAAGGUUGAUACAUUGGUGGCUGAUGCAUUAUGGGAGACUAUCCAUGCAGAGGUCCAAGACUUCGUUCAAAACACGCUGGCUACUAUGUUACGCACCACCUUUCGGAAGAAAAAGGAUCUUUCCAGGAUACUCUCUGACAUGCGGACGCUUUCAGCUGACUGGAUGGCAAAUACAAGUAAACCCGAGUCAGAUUUACAAUCAUUUCCCCAUGCAGGUGAAGAAAGCAAAGUGAACUUCUUCUAUCCAAGGCCUGUAGCACCAACAGCUGCACAGGUUCAUUGCUUGCAGUUUCUAAUAUAUGAGGUGGUAUCGGGUGGAAAUAUGAGGAAACCAGGUGGUCUAUUUGGGAAUACUGGUUCUGAAAUUCCUGUUAAUGACUUGAAACAGCUAGAAACGUUCUUCUACAAGCUUGGAUUUUUCCUGCAUGUAAUCGAUUAUACAGCAACAGUUGCCACAAUCACAGAUCUUGGUUUCUUAUGGUUUAGGGAAUUUUAUGUGGAAUCUUCUCGUGUUAUUCAGUUUCCAAUCGAAUGCUCUCUUCCUUGGAUGCUUGUGGAUCAUGUUAUGGAGUCUCAAACCAUGGGUCUUCUUGAGAGUAUCUUAAUGCCAUUUGACAUCUAUAAUGAUGCUGCCCAUCAAGCUUUGGUUGUCCUCAAGCAGCGUUUCCUCUAUGAUGAAAUUGAAGCGGAGGUGGACAAUUGCUUUGAUAUAUUUGUUUCAAAGUUGUGUGACUCUAUUUUUACUUACUAUAAGAGCUGGGCAGCUAGUGAAUUACUUGAUCCUUCUUUCCUCUUUGCACUGGAUAUUGGUGAAAAGUUUUCACUCCAACCAAUGAGAUAUACUGCGCUUCUGAAAAUGACUAGAGUGAAGUUGCUUGGACGGACAAUUGACCUGAGAAGCUUGAUUGCUGCAAGAAUGAACAAAGUAUUCAGAGACAACAUUGAAUUUUUAUUUGACCGCUUUGAGUCUCAGGAUUUAUGUGCUAUUGUUGAAUUGGAAAAACUUCUCAGCGUCUUACAACUUGCUCAUGAAUUACUGUCAAAAGAUCUUACAAUAGAUUCAUUUAAUCUUAUGCUCAAUGAAAUGCAAGAGAAUGUGUCCCUCGUUUCCUACUCCAGUCGGCUUGCUUCUCAGAUAUGGACAGAGAUGCAAAAUGACUUCCUGCCAAACUUCAUCCUAUGCAACACAACUCAGCGUUUUGUUCGAUCAUCAAGAGUUCCUAUUGUUCCCGUUCAGAAGCCAUCGGUCCCCUAUGCAAAGCCUAAUUUCUACUGUGGUACUCAGGAUCUGAAUUCAGCAUACCAGAGUUUUGCUCGAUUACAUAGUGGAUUUUUUGGGAUACCUCACAUGUACUCCAUUGUUAGGCUACUGGGUUCUAGGUCACUGCCUUGGCUUAUCCGAGCUCUAUUAGAUCAUUUAUCAAAUAAGGUACAUGUUACCUGACAUAUAGCUAAAUUAUAGUUCUU